AUGACCAUGUCCACAACCAGCUUUGGCAGCUACCCCACCUGCCUGCUUGGUACAGACCAGCUUCCCAACCCGGAGAUGACAAUGCUGGUAACAGUAACAUCCUCCAUCCAGCCUGCUCCUACCCGCCACCACCUUUCUCCCCCUCCCACCCUACCAAAGCCUGGGAAGGACAACCUGCGGCUCCAGCGGCUGCUGAAGAAGGCAGCCAAGAAAAAUGCUGUCCUAGCUUCAGAGCAAGCCAAGUCCUUUCGGUCCAGCCUCUCACCUGUGAACGAGGCCAACUCUGACCUAGAGCACGAUGAAGGCGCUCCCCCAGCAGAGACCCCCGACACCACAGCAGCCCCUUCCACCAGCCUCCCGACCCACCCCUCUGUCAAGCCUGUCACCCACCGUGUCCCCUCCCCUUUCAGGAAGAGCAAACCCUUCAUGCUGAAGGUCACGGAGCAGAGGCGCAUUGCUGAGCACCUCAGGCUCACCACCCCCCCAGCCAUGCCUAUGCUACACAAGCCCAGUGGUCCCAAGACUCCACAGCAGCCUGAAGGUAUGGACACUGACCUUUCCUCUCCAGGUGACCCUUCUAUAUUUGUUGUCCCUCAGCCUCCUUCUACCAGUAUGCCCAGUAAAGAAAUGGCACCCGAGGUUACCCAUGUCACCCCCUCUGCCAAGCCUGUCACCCACCGUGUCCCCUCCCCUUUCAGGAAGAGCAAACCCUUCAUGCUGAAGGUCACGGAGCAGAGGCGCAUUGCUGAGCACCUCAGGCUCACCACCCCCCCAGCCAUGCCUAUGCUACACAAGCCCAGUGGUCCCAAGACUCCACAGCAGCCUGAAGGUAUGGACACUGACCUUUCCUCUCCAGGUGACCCUUCUAUAUUUGUUGUCCCUCAGCCUCCUUCUACCAGUAUGCCCAGUAAAGAAAUGGCACCCGAGGUUACCCAUGUCACCAAGGUGCACACUUACUUCCACAGUGUCAAGCCACCCAGGGCUAAAACACCCAUAUCAGAUCAGAUCCAAGUGACAAUCAACAAAAGGGAGAAGCAGCAAGCAGAAGAGAAGAAGCUGCAUAAGCAGGAAAGCUGCUUUCUUCCCCGCCGCUUACCCAUCCUUCUGCACAAGCCACGCUUUGAUGCCCGGAAACUGAAGGAGCUGGCUGCCAAACCCAUGACAAAGAUCACCACCGUGUUUGAGGUGGGAAGGUUUAAACCAAAAGUGGCUGAGGAACAUACCAAAAGCUUUAACAGAACAGCAUCAGGAUGGUCAGUCAACUGA